AUGAAAAAUGAAAUGAUGUCGUUCACUUACAAUUAUUUUCUUGGUGGAUCUCCAGCUCCUUUUCUAGGAUCUAAUCUUCAGCAAUAUGUGAAUCUCGGGCUCGCACACUACCGCUCGAACCAAGCAGAGGAUGCACGUGUUGAUGAGCCGCUGGUUCUGAUGGCAACAUUGGCCUAUUUCAAUCGUUCCGCUGCUGCACCCAGGGACCAUCUAUAUAGCCAGAUAUGUGAUCAUCUGAACCACAUCCGAACCAAUGAACAUAGCUUCACUGACCUUCUCGCCUUCCAUUUCUCUAUUUCAUUCGACCGCCCUCGACGUCUUGCUAAAUUCUUGCAUGUCCUGAAUGACGUUUAUCGCUUGGGAUUCAACUAUGUUCGGCUGGUGGCAUAUCGCGACCUCUCUACGGGCUUCCCAUAUCUUCGCAGAGGAACCUGGAUGAUAUCUGGGCUUAACGAGUGUAAUCUUCCAGAAUACGGCGGCAUCUUGACUGCUUCUGAUUUUAAAAAUCAUGCGCCCGACAAGAUUAUUAAACCAGAUGAUCAGAUCGGAAUGUCAUGUCCUGGUUCUAUGGGGCCUAGUCUCUUGUUUACAUUGGAAUUGACCGAUACUCCAAGUGGAGAUCCUCAUCCAACAUAUCUUUGGGUCGCUGUAGCGGCCAUUGUCCGUUGGCGCGGUGGUGAUUUCACUCAUGAUCAGGUUACUACCGCUUUAAGUAAGGUCACCCCGAAACACUUCUUCAGUCAUCCGGAGAACCCUUAUGAUCGAGCACAAGCUCUCCAGACUCUCCAAGACUGGCUCCCUCCGAGUCAGAAUUACCGGAAGGAUAGCCAUCCCAUAGCUAUCCUUAAUCCUGAGUCCUUACAAGAUGCGUAUGCCACCCUCGAGCCAAAGAAUUACAUUCGAAAACUAGCAGCAUGGAUAGACGGUUAG